AUGGCUCCCACGCUUGAUGCCCCGCAGACCGUCGACUGGAUGGGCAAAAAGGUGCCCGUCUGGUCCAUGCCCACCAUCAACUACGGGCUCCUGCUCUCCCAGGAUCCCAGCGAGGUCGACAAGGUCGUCAAUGCCUGCAAGGAAGAGGGCUACUUCUACCUCGACCUCCAGGGCAUCGACGGCCGUCGCAUGCUGUCUGACCAGCAGGAGACGCUGAAGCUGAUGAAGCGCUUCUUUGAUGCUCCCAUCGAGGCCAAGAACGAGUUUGGUCUCAUCUCUUCUCAUCUCGGAUACGAACCUGUUGGCAGCCGCACCGGUGUUGCUGCCGGCUCCAAGGACGGCUACGAGAUGCUCAAGGUCUCCCGCGACGAGAUCCAGCGCGACAGCCCCAAGAUCCCCGCGCCCGUCAAGAACAGCGGCGAUCUCCAGAUCCUCGAAAACUCCAUCGGCAGCUGCAACACCAUCACCAAGGUCCUCCUGUCGGCGCUCUCUACCGGCAUGGGCCUCACGGGCGCCAACCGCUUCGAGCACUCGCACCGCAACGAGAAGCCCUCGACCACGACUCUUUCCAUGAUGCACUACCUCCCGACCGAGCUCGCCGGCGAGAACCGCAUCGGCCACCAGAAGCACACCGACAUCAGCACGCUCACGCUGCUCUUCAGCGAGCAGUGGGGUCUGCAGGUGCGCCCGCCCGGCACCUGCGGCGCGCGCGAGAUGGGCUUCGUCGCGCCCAAGCCCGGCUGCGCGUUCGUGCACGUCGGCGACUCGCUGCGCUUCGCCAGCGGCAUGCAGUUCCAGAGCUGCAUCCACCGCGUCGUGCCCUUUGACCCGGCCGAGCACCGCUACUCGAUUGCCUACUUCCUCCGCGCCGAGGACGACACCAUGUUCAUCGACUCCGAGGGCCGCGCCAUCACCGCCGGCCAGUGGCACGACGAAAAGUUCAAGGCCUUUACCGACCCCGAGGUCUGGCAGGCCAUGGCCCCCAAGUCCAUGAUCCUCGGCGGCAUGAAGGAGGAUGGCGAGGACGCGCCCCUCACCGGCCUGGCCAAGGCCGACCCUGCGCAGACCGCCGUGCCCGUCAAGGCUUAA